UAGUUCCCCCUCCCAGAAAUGGGCUGGUCCACUUCACCCCUCCCGCAUGCGGAAUGAGCUGGUCCGCAGGCAGUUCCAAGAUGGCGGCACGUUGCCUGGUGGCCUCACUGGUGAAGGGGCGGCUCGGACAGGUUCCUGCAGUGUUUCAAACUGCAGCUCACAGAUUCCACUUUGCCGUCAAUGGGAAACAUAACAAAAAUGCAACCAAAGUUUCAAAUGCAAUCUCCACUCAGUACCCAGUGGUUGAUCAUGAGUUUGAUGCGGUAGUGGUCGGAGCCGGUGGUGCUGGUUUACGAGCAGCUUUCGGUUUGUCCGAGGCUGGUUUCAACACUGCCUGUGUUACAAAACUCUUUCCUACCAGAUCUCACACAGUCGCUGCUCAGGGUGGAAUAAAUGCUGCACUGAGUAAUAUGGAGCCUGAUGACUGGAGAUGGCAUUUUUAUGACACAGUGAAAGGAUCUGAUUGGCUGGGAGAUCAAGAUGCAAUACACUAUAUGACCGAACAAGCACCAGCUGCUGUCAUUGAGCUGGAAAACUAUGGAAUGCCAUUCAGUAGGACAGAGGAAGGCAAGAUUUACCAACGUGCAUUUGGUGGACAAAGCCUACAGUUUGGAAAAGGGGGACAGGCUCAUCGCUGCUGUUGUGUUGCAGACCGGACUGGACACUCUUUGUUGCAUACGCUUUACGGCAGGUCAUUGCGGUAUGACACCAGCUACUUUGUUGAAUACUUUGCCUUGGAUCUCCUGAUGGAGAAUGGAGAAUGUCGAGGUGUCAUUGCACUGUGCAUGGAAGAUGGCUCUAUUCACCGGUUUAGGGCCAAUAAUACUGUGCUUGCUACUGGUGGAUAUGGAAGAACUUACUUCAGUUGCACUUCAGCACAUACAAGCACUGGAGAUGGAAGUGCCAUGGUUGCUCGAGCUGGAUUACCCAACCAGGACUUGGAGUUUGUCCAGUUUCACCCCACAGGAAUUUAUGGUGCUGGUUGCCUCAUCACUGAAGGAUGUCGUGGUGAAGGAGGAAUUCUCAUCAACCAGGAGGGAGAGAGAUUUAUGGAGCGCUAUGCUCCUGUUGCAAAGGAUCUUGCUUCAAGAGAUGUGGUUUCGCGAUCUAUGACCAUUGAAAUUCGUGAAGGACGAGGCUGCGGCCCUGACAAAGAUCAUGUGUAUUUACAACUGCACCACCUGCCCCCUGAGCAGCUGGCGAUGCGAUUGCCUGGUAUUUCAGAAACUGCCAUGAUUUUUGCUGGUGUGGAUGUCACCAAGGAGCCUAUUCCAGUCCUUCCUACAGUGCAUUACAAUAUGGGAGGUGUCCCCACCAACUUCAAAGGACAGGUGAUUAACCACACCAAUGGUAAAGAUGCUGUGGUCCCUGGCCUCUAUGCCUGUGGUGAAGCAGCCAGUGCUUCAGUUCAUGGAGCUAAUCGGCUUGGAGCAAAUUCUCUCCUUGACUUGGUGGUGUUUGGUCGUGCCUGUGCCCUAACCAUAGCCGAAACUUGCAAGCCUGGAGAAACUGUCGCACCAAUUAAUCCAAAUGCUGGAGAGGAGUCGGUAGCCAACCUUGACAGACUGCGUUUUGCUGAUGGAGGCACUCGCACAUCAGAGCUCCGAAUUAACAUGCAAAAGUGCAUGCAAAGUCACGCAGCUGUGUUCCGUACAGGCUCUGUACUAAAAGAAGGUUGUGAGAAGUUGAGUGAUUUAUAUCGUUCUCUGGAUGAUAUCAAGACAUUUGACAGAGGUAUUGUUUGGAACUCUGACCUAAUCGAGACUUUGGAGCUGCAGAACUUGAUGCUUUGUGCCCUACAGACCAUCUAUGGUGCAGAGGCCCGCAAAGAGAGCAGGGGAGCGCAUGCCAGGGAGGAUUUCAAGGUGAGAAUUGAUGAAUAUGACUUUUCAAAACCGUUGCAAGGCCAAGAGAAGAAAUCAUUUAAUGAACAUUGGAGAAAGCACACAAUCUCCUAUGUGGAUCCCAAGACCGGGAAGAUUACGUUGGAAUACAGACCUGUAAUUGACACGACGUUGGAUGCAAAAGAGUGUGCCUCAGUUCCACCAGCAAUUCGUUCUUAUUAAAUUUGGCUAGGCUGGUACAUCCAUUACAUACUAAAAUAACAUGAAAAAGUAACUCCCUGUUGUCAUAUUUAAUUAAAUUCUGAUAUAAUGGCAAAUGUGGUUCUUUUUGAACUAUCCAUAUGUUCUAACCAUAGGUAUGUUGUAAAGGGUAAACUACAUCUUUCACAUUAGUGUGACUCUGAAUCUACAUGAGCAGUGCUACGUCUGUACAUAGUGCUUUUUCAGCAGAAUGUGUAGUUAUCGCAGCCGCAUCAGAGGAUGUGCACUCUAUUGAAGAUACUUGAUUUUUCUCUGCCAGUUCAUUAAAAGUAAAUCCAUUGUAAUGCUGAACAACUGAUACUCAGAGAGGGGAUUUUCCGAUUUUAAUAAUUAUUCUGCUGAUGGCUAUUCUACCUUUCCACUGAUACAGAAUACAAAUUGAAGAUGCAUGCAAUUCAAAGGCAAAUAAACUAUUUAUUUGGUUGCUGAAGGACAAUAUCAGUGUGCUUGGGAGUGAUAUAAAAUAGUUAUGUAUGGUAGUUUAUUAUGUCUCACACAUGCUUACUGAUAAAAUGUAUAAAUGCUU